AUGGCCGCGUCCAUAGUCACGGGCUCCGACUCGGUGGUGUACGAGCGCCGCCGCGUCCCCCUCGUCCACCGGUACCACUGGCCCGCCAUCCAGCUGAACGUGUGGAUGCUCAUCAUGCUCGCCGCCUCGUGCUGCAUCAUCGGCGUCUUCGGCACCUUCAUCGGCGUGCAGAACCAAUUGGAGCUCAACAUACCAUGGUAUUUCCCAUACUUCAUAACCGUCGCCGCCCUGAUGAUCGUCUACAUCGCCGCGCUCCUGUGGCUGAUCGCCCAGCGGCGCCUGCUCCCCUCCAUCGUCAUCCUCGGCUCCUUCAUGUUCUUCGUCCUCUGGCUCGUCGGCCUCAUAGUCGUCAGCAUCGAGCUCUGGGGCCCCGUCGGCUCCGUGAGCUCCAACUGCAACCUCUUGGUCUGGAACCAGUCGCCGUUAGGGAAUAACCAAGGAACGCUCGCUUGGCUCGAGCAGAGAUCUAUAUGUCAAUCGUGGCAAGCGGUGUUUGCCUUUGCGCUGAUCGGGUGUAUAUUUUUGUUGUGGAUUAUUAUCAUGUCGGUGCAGGUCUUUUAUGAUAACCCCUAA